CAAAGUGCGAUGUUUGUUUGUUUGGUGUGGUAAAAAUAACCGUAAAUAAAGAGUGAAAUCAUCGAUUGUCCUUUCAUUGUUACGCCGAACCCGAUUUCCUCCUAAAUCUCAGCAUCUUCCAAUCUUCUCAUAUAGAGAGAGAGGAUCGAGAGAGAUUACCUUCAGAAUCGAAUCCUUUGCAGACGAAAAACCACCGAUUUGUUUUAGGACACUUGGGUUACCCUGCUGCUUAACAAACAGCAUAGUGCUUUACUUAUUUUAUAUGCUGUAUUUGGUUUUGUUCAGAAAAAGUGAUCUUCAAGUUAAAAAGUUCAGCCCUCAAUUAGUAACAAAGUAGAUUUUCAACCCGCUGCUAAUAAAGAUUGAUCUCUUUCGCUGCUUUACACAGUUUUAGUGCAAGAUGGCUGGUGUAAAGCGAAAAUUAAGUCCCGAUUCAGAUCCUCAUGCUCUUCACAAAUUACUCGAUGAGGUCUCAUGUCCUGUUUGCAUGGAUCAUCCACAUAAUGCUGUUCUACUGCUCUGCUCCUCUCACGACAAAGGUUGCAGGUCUUACAUCUGUGACACCAGUUACCGUCACUCCAAUUGCCUCGACAGGUUCAAGAAACUUCACUCCGAACCCCCAACUGAUCCCAAUCCCCAGCCAAGGGCAAACAUAAACGAACCUCAAAGCACCUUUCACCACCGUGUGCCUGGAGUCCCUGUUAUGGAUUCUGAGUCCCAAGCAGAGGAAACCACGAAUUUGAAGUGUCCUCUUUGCCGUGGUACUGUUUUAGGAUUUAAGGUUGUAGAAGAAGUGAGAAGCUACCUCGACAUGAAGAACCGAAGCUGCUCACGAGAGUCUUGCUCAUUUACGGGUAACUACCAGGAUCUGCGCCGACACGCAAGAAGGAUACACCCAACAUCUCGCCCUUCAGACACUGAUCCAACGAGAGAGAGAGCUUGGAGACGCCUCGAGAACCAGAGAGAGUAUGGAGAUAUAGUCAGUGCAAUACGCUCUGCCAUGCCCGGUGCUGUGGUUGUAGGAGACUACGUUAUAGAAAACGGAGAUAGGUUCCCUGGUGAGAGGGAAGCAGGAAAUGGAGGAGGCGGCAGCAGCAGCGACAUUUGGACCACUUUCGUAUUGUUUCAGAUGAUUGGGUCUCUUGAGAAUAACGGAGGGUCUAGUGGUGGUGGUAAUGGCAGUGGUAAUGGUGGUGGAUCAAGAUCUCACAGGUCAAGAGCGUGGAGGAGCACUCAUCGUCGUUCUUCUUCAGAUAGGCGAUAUCUAUGGGGAGAGAACUUAUUGGGUCUACAGGAUGAAGACAAUGAUGAUAAUGAUCAAGGGUUGCGUUUACAGAACGAAACAGGUGAUGGUUCCAAUCAUGUUCCAAGAAGAAGACGGAGGUUUGGUCGUCCAAGAUCAAGCGGAAACCAUCCGCGAUAAAAGCCAUUGUCUCGGUGCCAUCUCUCGGGUCAGAACCAGACCGAUGCAAAGGGAAAGGUUUUGCUGAAAUCCCCCGAGAGCUGUAGGAUUUGUUUGAUGUUUAUGUAAAUGUCAUUUUGUGAGCUUCGUUAAGUCGCUCAUUGUACGCUGAAGUAUGGUUUUUAUGCAAUGUCUUUUUAUUAAUUGUUACACAUUGAAAACAUGUUUGUUUUGUGUUUUAUUGUGUUAUUGACAUCAAAGCUUCUAUAUCGAUAUGAUAAAA